AUGGGUAACUCAUCAUAUCAUCGUGAUGGUAUCGUUGGUAAACUCCACGAGUUGAUGACCUCUGGUCUUGAACGAUUCUGUUCGAAACUGUUUACACUUAUAUGUCCUGGAUUCAUAAAGAGAAGAGGAUCACAGCUGGUUGACUACUUCUUAUAUCGACCAAAUAGAAUACUACAGUCAGUAUACCUGAUACUGGUACUAGGUGGAUCAUAUCUAUUCAUGUUGGACACAUAUCAGUAUCUUGAUGGAUAUUACGCACCAUCCUAUCACAAGUUCACAUCAGUAUUGGCCAUCAUCAUUACAUUGACAAGUUUCGUUGUGGCUUCAGUGACAGACCCAGGUUAUAUCACAAGUGAAGAAGGACACUCUUUCAUUCAGUAUCAAUAUGAUCGUCUAUUAUAUGUUAAGAAGCAAUGUGAGACUUGUGGAAUAGCAAAACCAUCAAGAUCAAAACAUUGUAGAGUAUGCGAUAAAUGUGUAGCCAGAUUCGAUCAUCAUUGUCCUUGGAUCAACAAUUGUGUUGGAGAAAGGAAUCUGAGAUACUUCUUGUGGUUCGUUGGCAACACAUCAGCACUCUGCUUCUAUGGAUUCUACCUAUGUCUAUGCGCUCUAUUGACCAUUGUCGAAACAAAGAACUUAUUCAAGCUUGGAUACACUCAAGGUGGAAAAUGGGCACCAUUGCCAACAUCAUUAAUUAUUAGAUAUCUCUUUGCAGAGUCAAGAUCGAUAUUCCCAUUGGGUAUCUUCUGUCUGGUGAUAUCACUCUUCCUCCUAUACUUCCUUUGCUAUCACCUCUACCUUGUGGCCAAGAAUAAGACGACCAAUGAAACAUUCAAAUGGUCAGAUAUUAAGGAACAAAUCGAUCUAAAUAGAGUCAAAGAGAAACAAGAGAGGAUGGAAGCAAAGUCAUCAGGCAAGAGCCAGCAACAAUCCGAGCAUGAUCAUCAUCAACAGCAACAGCAACAGCAGCAGCAACAGUUGGAUGAGAAAUCACUAAACAAGCGAGCAGCAAGGAAAAAGCAGAACCAGGAGAAGUAUUUAAGGAUGAGCGAUAGUACAAUCCCAUUGCCAUUGCCAUCAACAGCCAAGGAGCUAAAGAAUACCUUCAACCGUGGAUUCCUGAGCAACUUUAGAGAGGUCUUAUUCCCUGAGGCCUUUGCCAAAGAGAGUACCUCCUCAUCAUCAGAACAACAUUUAUAA